CGCCGAUGGUGACGCCUGGAGUCACUUUCCACACGACCACGCCCGAUCACGCGCAUACCGGUGGGGCGAAGAUGGCAUUGCUGGCGUCUGUGACACGCAUGGGCUCCAAAACAUUGCCUUUGCGUUCUGGAACGAGAAGGACUCUUUCCUCAAGGAGAGGCUGUUUGGCUUGUCCAACCCGCAAGGCAACCAUGGCGAGAGCAUCAAAGAGGCCCACUUCCAUCUAGAUAACACACCGACGCAUUCAUAUAUGAAAUUUCUCUAUAAAUACCCGCAAAAGGCUUUCCCUUACGACGACCUCAUCAAAGAGAACGCCAGGCGGACAAAGGAAGACACGGAGUACCAGAUCAUCGAUACCGGCGUCUUCGAGGAAGAUCGUUACUGGGACAUCUUCAUCGAGACUGCAAAGGAAGACGACGACCCGGAUGAGCUUCUCUUUCGUGUCACCGCCUGGAAUAGGGGCCCCGAAACUGCCCCACUCCACAUCGUUCCCCAUGUGUGGUUCCGUAAUACCUGGUCUUGGGGCCGCGAGCCUGAAGAUAAAAAACCGUCUAUCGAAGCCUACGCGGAAAAUACGGCUAGGUCAAAGCACCACUCUCUGGGAGAACGGAACUUUCUCCUCUCUCCCUCCCCCGGUGUUGGCUCGAGCGGCGAAGACGUACAGCCAGAGCUGAUAUUCACCGAGAAUGAUACAAACUACGAAUUGCUUUAUGACGGGAAGAACGAGCAACCUUAUGUCAAGGAUGCCUUCCACCGUUACAUAGUAGAUGGGGACAAAAAGGCCGUCAACCCAGCUCAGCGGGGAACAAAAUGCGCCGCGUGGUUCUCUUUCAACGAAGGAGGUGGAGUAAAGCCGGGCGAGUGCGCAGUUGUCCGGUUCCGCAUCUCCAAGAGGGACGAUACCUACCUUGAUGAGGAGGAAUUCGACGACCUCAUCGAGAGAAAGCGGGAGGAGGCUGAUGAGUUUUACUAUUCCAUCAGCCCCCUGCCCAUGACUGACGAUCUCCGCAACAUUCAGCGGCAAGCAUUUGCCGGUAUGAUGUGGUGCAAGCAGCAUUAUCUCUUUGUCUGGGACGAGUGGGCAAAUGGCGACCCGGCCCAGCCGCCUCCACCCCCUGGCCGAAAGGGUAUCCGCAAUUCGGCGUGGAAGCACUUGCAUUGCGACGAUAUCCUGUCUAUGCCAGACUCGUGGGAAUAUCCCUUCUUUGCUGCGUGGGAUACCAGCUUCCACUGUAUCACACUGGCUAUGAUUGACCCCGACUUCGCCAAAAAGCAGCUUGAUCUGUUUACUCGGGAAUGGUACUGCCAUCCAAAUGGCCAGCUUCCCGCAUACGAAUGGAAUUUUGGCGACGUCAACCCACCGGUCCAUGCUUGGGCUACUUUCCGCGUCUUCAAAAUCGAGCGGAAGCUCUUCGGGAGACAAGAUUUAGAUUUCCUGGAGAGGGUCUUCCAGAAGUUGCUCCUUAACUUCACAUGGUGGGUCAACCGCAAAGACGUUGAGGGCAAGAAUGUGUUUGAGGGUGGCUUUUUAGGAUUGGAUAACAUUGGGUUGUUCAACCGCUCAGAGCCGCUCCCCACUGGCGGCACCCUUGAGCAGGCAGACAGCACUGGCUGGAUGGGCUUUUACUGUCUCAACAUGCUCAACAUCGCCUUGGAGCUUGCCAAACACCGGCGCAUCUACGAGGACAUUGCGAGCAAGUUCUUCGAGCACUUCAUCCUCAUCAGCGAUGCGAUGACUUUUAGAAUGGGCCAAAAGGAAGAGCAAUCCCUUUGGAACGAGCAGGAUGGCUUCUAUUACGAUGCCAUUUCAUGGGGUGGCCCUUGGAUUCAGCAAAUGCCUGUCCGGUCUCUUGUGGGACUGAUUCCUCUCUACGCAACGCUGACUCUUGAACCGGAGCUCCUAAACAAGCUCCCGAGUUUCAAGAAGCGCGUCGAAUGGUUCAUGGCGAACCGCUGCGACGUGGCGGAACGGACAAUGCACAGCAUUCGAAAGCGUGGCAAGGGCAACAGGAUUCUUUUGUCUCUUGUCAGCAAAGAGCGGCUGGUGAAGAUUAUGGAGCGCAUGCUGGACGAGGAAGAGUUCUUCAGCCCCCACGGCAUUCGAUCGCUAUCGAAAUUCCACAAGAAGAACCCGUACUCGAUGGAAGUCAAUGGUCAGACAUUUAAGGUUGGCUACGUUCCUGGAGACUCGGACAGCGGUCUUUUUGGCGGCAACAGCAACUGGAGAGGGCCCAUUUGGCUGUGCGUCAACUUCCUUUUGGUUGAGUCCCUGCAGCGCUUCUAUCUUUUUUUUGGGCAAGAACUGAAAGUCGAGUGCCCCGUGGGCUCGGGCGACUUCAUGCAUCUUGGCCAUGUUUCGGAAGAAAUCCAGCACCGGCUGCAGCAUCUUUUUGCCCGGGGUGAUGACGGCCGUCGAAGCAUCAAUGCCGGAAACGACACACUUGAUUUCGACCCCAACUGGAGGGAUUACCUCUGGUUUUACGAGUUCUUCGACGGCGAUACUGGGCGUGGGCUCGGCGCAACUCACCAGUGCGGCUGGACGGGGCUUAUCGCUCGCAUGAUUCAUGACACUGGUGUUAACUGCCGCCUGCCCCAGACUCCCCGGACGCCUUCGGUAGGCAUGUCACAUUAUUUCGAUGACAUCUUUCACAGACACUUGGACGGUACUCAGACACCCAAGUCACCGGUGUCCCCGGGGCGCCUUCGUCGGAGCUCAACCAGCCGGUCCAUUGCUACCCGCAGCGACUUUGAUGUUAACGAGAUCCGAGAUCUCGGUUCAGAGGACGAGACCGACGGCGACUUUGCGACGCGACGGGGCUCAGUGGUGAACUUGAGAUCGCCUGAGCGCCUUCGCGAGCGGACGGAGGCGAACGCUCACCUGCACACCUACAUCACCCAGCAGCUCGAGCGGGUUCGUCUCGAGCAGGGCGCUGACGGAUAUAGCGACGGGGAUGAAUUUGAGGCCCAGCCGUAGAGGACAGGUAGAUGUGGAAGAUAGUGAAGAUAGAAUUUCCUUGGACUCGGCAUACAAUUGUGCGUUGCUUUCUUUCUCGCCCCUUUUUCUAUUUUUUUAAUUUAGUCUUUGGCAUUGAAACCAUGAUGGAGUGUGUGUGCAUCAGUAAAGCGGUUCUUUGAGAGAUAAACAAGACAAGACGGACGGAAAGACAUAUAUUGUACAAGCAUACUUGUAGAAAGAAGGUGUCUUAAGCGUCGAUAUGAAAAAGCAAGUAUAGAGAGAAAAGAGCAUAAUAAUAGUUUUUUCACGAAGUAUGCUCGCACACAAGAUGAGAUGGCGGGUUGUAUUGGGGGCCGUCUUAGAACCUUGGUGAAAUCCCUAGUUUCAUUGAUAAGAACUUAUCGUGG